AUGUUUAAAAAACCUCUAGCAAACUUAAAGUCCUUCAGUCCUUUGCGUUCUUCGGAUCGUCGUCGCUUUCAAGCCGAUGCGUAUGAAGCUCAUCCUUCUGUCAAAGAGAUGUGCACAGCAGAGGGCGCGUCUCACCUUAUGCCAGACGAUCUUCGAUCAGCCAAGUUUAUCUCGCAUACAGGCACUCCAGGUGUAGUCUAUAUGUCUGAUAAACAAGUAUUAUGGAUAUCCAUCAAGAAACUACCUCCUAUUCCAACAGUGUAUACAAUGUGGCAAUAUCCCAACAUGUUGCCCAAACUGUAUACGUGGGGUCCUGUCAUUCACAGGCUAAUGGAAGGAGCAGACUUGAUGAUACCAGGUCUAGUUCUUGGACCAGAAGGUGUGUUGCCUACUUUGGAUACUGGCGAUUUAGUGGCUAUUACCAUCAAAGGAUAUUCAUACCCUUUAGCAAUUGGUACGAUGGCAGUACCUACUUCUGGUAUAAAGCCACGCUCGGGUAUGAAGGGAAAAGCAGUACAUAUCAUCCAUGUUUAUCAGGAUUUCUUGUGGUCAAUGGGAGAUAAAUCAGAUCCACCACAGCUUGAGCAUAUGUCUGACGAUGAAUAUGAAGAAGAAGAGGGAGAAGAAAAAGGGACAAUAGAGAAAGCGACACCAGCACCUAAAGAGCCAAUGUUAGAAGAAAAAGGCGCUGUUCAAUUGACAACUGCAGACAUUGAUGAAUGGCUAAAGAAAUCGCUUUAUCAAGCACUUGUAUACAAAAUCAAACAAGAAAAUGCCACUCAUUUAUUGCCAUUAUCAGCAUCUUCACUUUACUCGGCUUAUAUUAUGCCAUGUAGACCAUCGGAUAUCGGGACAGAGAUUGACAUCAAAAAAUCUAGCUGGAAAAAGCUUCAAAAAUUCUUAAAGGCAAUGGAUAAAGCAGGGUUGUUGAAGACAAAAGAGCAACGAGGAGAGACCAUGGUUACUUCUGUUAAUUAUUCACACCCUAGUUUAGAGAAUUUACAUAAAUACAAGACGAUGGAAUCACAAUCAGUGAAAGAGAAUACAGUCAAAGAAGCAUCUCAACAACAAGAGAAACAACAGCAGCAGCAAAAGCAGCAGCAACAAUCAAACGAAGCUGAAAUUCAGGAAUUAUUUAAGCCUCUUGGACCUCAAUUGAUCAAGUUUUUUGAAGAAGCCAAGCAUGAUAAAGAUGCUAUGUACACCAUUCCAGAAGUGCGUACUGUUGUAGCUGAUUAUAUCAAAUUGCACAAUUUGGUAGAUCCUAAAAAUCAAAAAAUGAUCAAUAUUGAUGCAACUAUGUGCGAUGCAAUUUUAUCAAAGCAAGAAUACAACACCAUUGACAAGUUGGCAAGAGAUCAAAUUCUUCAUAGAACAUGUCAAAAGAUGCAGCCUUUUCAUACAAUCAAACUGCCUGGCAAAGAAGCAGUGCUUAGAAAGGGCAGUCCUAAACCUGUAGAAAUCACACAAGAAAUAAGACAAGGAAGAAAGACAGUUACUAAAGUAACAGGCGUGGAAGGAUUUGGAUUAGAUGUGGAUGAACUGGCAAAAGAAUUAACUAAACUCUGUGCUAGUAGUGCUACAUAUAAUCCUAUUCAUGGUGUGAGCCCAAAGAAUCCAUUGUUUGAAAUUAUGGUACAAGGGCCACAGAUCAAGACUAUCUCUGAGCUUAUGAUAAACAAAGGUGUUCCCAAAAAGUUCAUUGACGUGUUUGACAGGACAGCAAAGAAAGGAAAAGGAAAGAAAUAA